AGCGGGAGCGCGCCCUCCGUGUCUGGUUAGUGGACUGACAGCCAGCUGUGCGGCUACGACGGACAACAACAACCUCCUGGAUUUCCCUCUACUUUCUACAACCAGACGAGUGCGUUUGGGCCCCGCGACCGUUCAGUUAAAACGCGAACUAAAACAAGCCAGGCCGGGGGGUUUGUUUGUUUUUUUUAUUUGAAAAAAAAAAAACGAGACUGUUCCUUCGACGGCACGCGCAGCAGCGACGACGACCCGGUAUCGUCGGCGGUUUCCGUGCUAACUAGCAGCAGACGAGCAUUCCUCUCCCAACAUGAAUCCGCAGUGUGGCAGAUGUAAUCAAGUCGUUUACCCCACGGAAAAAGUGAAUUGUCUGGACAAGUGCUGGCAUAAACGAUGCUUCAGCUGCGAGGUCUGCAAAAUGACUCUAAACAUGAAGAAUUACAAAGGCUUCGACAAGAGACCAUACUGCAAUGCACACUACCCCAAGACAAAUUUUACCUGUGUGGCUGACACUCCAGAGAACCUCCGCCUCAAACAUCAGAGCAAGAUGCAGAGCCAGUUUCUCUACAAGGAGGAUUUUGAGAAGAAUAGAGGAAGAGGUUUCAGCGUGGUCACAGACACGCCGGAGUUCCAGAGAAUUAAGAAAACGCAGGAUCAAAUCAGCAAUAUUAAGUACCAUGAGGAGUUUGAGAAGAGGAAGAUGGGAGGAGAGGCCCCACAUCAGCCAAGCUCCCCCAGCCCAGCAGCUUACCAGUCCUCCGCAGGGCCUCAGAACUACAACUUUGAACCUGCUCCUGAACCAGCGCAGCCCGCGCAACCAGCGCAACCAGCGCGCCAGGCGGCCGGCGGCCCACCUCCCAGUGCCGGGAAGCGGUACAGGGCCGUGUACGACUACUCCGCCGCCGACGAGGACGAGGUGUCCUUCAUGGACGGCGACGUGAUCGUAGACGUGCAGCAGAUCGACGAGGGCUGGAUGUACGGCCGCGUGGAGCGCACCGGCCAGCAGGGCAUGCUGCCCGCCAACUACGUGGAGGCCAUCUGAAAGAGAGAGAGAGAGAGUGAGAGAGAGAAAAAGAGGGAGGAGGAAGAGGUAGAGAAAGGGAGGGAAAGAAGGAAAGGAAAAGCCCAGUGCCAUCUCAUCUUAACGCCGCUUUCUCUUGAUUUUACUCUUGUUCCCUAAUCUGUCCUAUGAGAAUUUAACCCCACCUGCCCCGACCCCCCCUUAACCCCACUUUCCCUCUCUGCUCCCCCUGUUCUGCUCGCCAACCACAGACAACCUCUAUCUGUCUGUCCGUCUAUCUGUCUGUCUCUCUGUCCGUCUGUCUGCCUGCCUCUCUGUGCUGAUGUCUGUUCUCUAGUUUUGGAUGUUCAUCACCAUCCCCUUCACUCCCCCCCCCCGAAUCCUGGCGCCACUCUCUUGUUGUCACUAGUUGGAAAAUAUUGAAAGUCUUAAAAGAUAAACUCACAGAUCCCCGCCCAUAAAUCAGGUGGUCGUGCCCAUGUCACACAGUUCCAUCCUCGCUGUAGCACUUAAAAACUUACUGACGACAGUAGAGAGGAAAAAUAAUUCAAAAAGCUCCUUUUUUUUCUCUCCCACCAUGAGGCAGUUCACCACGGCUGCAGGCAUUAUUCUCUGGAGGAAAAUUAAGUUUGAAGUAUGGGUGGGUGUGACUUUUCAUAGGCUUAUUUGUUUAGAUGUUUUUUUUCUUCCCCGUCUUUAAUUUUGCAGCGUGAUCUUGGCCAGACUGGAAACACAGUGCAGAAUCUCAGCCAGAAGCUUGAAUAUACUCUUCUUCUUUUUUUUGUUGGACUUGUGUACAUUCCCUCAACCUCAAAUCCUGUUGCACCAAUCAGUCUUAACAGAGAGGUUUUUAUUAUAUUUAUAGAUUGACACACUCACAUCUCGCCGUUCCAUUAGCGUGCUCAAGGAGAGGGCGACCCUCGUGUUUUUUGAGCACUGCAUUGUGGGUAUUCGUGGAAAACUGGAAUCGCAGCCUAACUGAAGAGCACCCGCCUGUCGUCGCCGUUUCUCCAGCGUUGUCGGGGGUUACAGGGGGGAUCAGGGACAAAGUUAGGGGACGUCGUCGGUCCAUCUCAAUACAUCACCUCCGUCGGUGUGGAUUUAUCGUCUCUGCGCGUUUUUGUUUUUUUUGUUGUCCUGUUACUUAGAGUUUGAGUUAUGAUGAUGGAGGAGGGAAAGGAGCUUUUCCCCCCUUUUGCUACAAAAUCACAGCGAACACGUGUAUAAAAAAUACAGAGGGCCAAGCACAACUCUUAUGUUUUGUUUUUUUUAUUUUGAAUUUAUUCCACUGUUGUUGUGAGUGAACAUUCCAAUCUGUUUUUCCAUUUGAUGUGAGAGAACUUGGUGAAACCUUGGCUGUGGUGACAAAUGUUUUUUUCUCUCUCAUGCUGUUCUUCCUUGGCCUUUUCUUGUUAUUUGUAAGAAGCUUAUUUUCAAAAGAAUAGAAAAGGAAAAUGUUAGUGUAUAAAAUUAAUAAACCAGCAGCUCAAUUUCUGAAUGGAGAUGAGAGGAGUUUUUCUGGACCACAUGUCGUGGGGAGAAAUCAGCCGGUCGCUCCCACAUUCAAAACCCUGUUUCUGACUAACAUAUCUCUAUUAAUGCUGCCGAAAGAGUUUCUAUUUUAUGUUCUGGUCAUAUCAAAUAUCCCAAAAAAGGGCAGGUUGGUAACUCAAUCUGGCAGGUGAAUCAUGUUACUUGCCAACUACAGUGAAUGAGCCAAAAGAAAUUUUGCUUAAUAAACACAAGAUCAAAGCAUUUCAGUUGCUGGCUAUUUACACAGAAUAUGCGGAAUCAUUCCACUCAGAUACUGUAUUUCUGUGAGGACCUCAUCGGAAACAUAAUCCGAUUUUGCCCGUGACCAUAGAGACCUCUUCUUCUUCUCCCCCAUUUUUUUUUCUUGCCAUUUCAUCCUGGGGGUUGGGAAGGGAGGGGCUGCAAAAUAUUCCAGCUUUAUCAAAAAAGAAAAACAAGGCUCUCAACUAUUGUAGCUAGACACCAUUGUACAAUAGUAUAUGUAUCAUAAACGUUAAGUUAGAGGGAAACGUUUUUACAGGUGAUGGUGCUCCGGGGGAAGUGGUUGAUAUUUUUUGUGAAUGUGGCGAAGAAGAAGGGGGAAGUGAUGUGAUUUUAAAAGUUGACUCAUGGAGAAGAUCAGUUUGGUGCAAGUUGUCAGUUGGUGUUGAACAUUCAUUAAAUUUUUUUUUGCAACUUUCCAAUGUAAUAAAUUGUGACAGUGCUGAUGAAAAUUAUAACUACACCUCGCGCUGGUUAAUGGAUUUGCCAAACAAGACGAAUGAACACACACUGUACAGUAAAGUGUGUGUGUGUGUGUGUGUUUGUGUGUGCGUGUGCGUGCGCCUGUGUUGUACAUCAACCUCCACUUGACAACAGGAUACAUGUUAUUUACAAGGCAGACGCUCAAACAGAAAUCUGCUUUAGAGCUCAAGGUUGAGUUUCUCUUGGGGGGAAGUUGGAGGUUGUGACAUGAUUUUUGUUCCUGGCUCAAAUUUAAUUUAAUAACAAGGCUACUCGUAGCCUCUCGUUACUCUGCGGGUAACAUCCGAAUGUGAACGUUCUUUUUGUCUCGGGGGUCGUCGGUGGGUGGUGGAAUGUUGAAGUGGCCAAAGAAAGCCAGUGUGGUGUAAAGUGAGGCUCAGGAUGGAUUUGUUAAGGCAAGGUUAAAAAAAAAUUAGCGUGUGAUGAUGCAAGUGUGUGCGGCGUCGAUGGAGGGCAGCAAUCUCCCAGACUCGUGUUUUGUCUGACCUGGAUAUCAGUCAGGAGUUUGAACCUCUGAACGUCGAAUAUCGCUCUUCUGCUCUUCUGGCAUCGCUCAUCUACUGAACCGUAAAAAAAAAAUAACAACAUAUCUCAAGCCCUGUUUCUGUCUAGUGUCCCGUCCCCACUCGUUCCGCUGCCAUCCCUCUUUCCCUGCAGCCUCCCGCGCUUCUGAUGAAACUCCCCCCCUCCUCCCCUGCUUAUCUAUGAUACUGGUCAUAUACUGUGUAGACUUUUGCAGAGUGAAAUCAUGUAAUCCACCAAUCGCAGGGUUUUAGCAUUCAGACCACUCUUGUGCAUUCCAUCUUAAAUCGUUCUUUUUUUUCAUCGCUUUUUCGUUUUUGAUAUCAUUUAGUUAUUUUUUAAAUAAAAAAAAUUAAAUAAAGAUACCAUAUGCAUAUUGACAUACAUUGUGUAUCCAAAAACUCGUACUGAAUACAUACUCAGAAUUAAGGACCUGAUAUCAUCUCCUGUUGCCCUGUUACAGCACUUCAAAUUGUACUUAAUGAUUCUGCAGAUUCAAUAAAUAAAAAAAAAUGUCAUUUUUCUCAA